UAAAUUCAGACUGGCUAUCCCGUUGGGAUAACCGUUGCCUAGGCUCUCCCUCUCUCCAUCGGUGCGACGGUGCCUCCCCUUCCCCCGAGCACGGUUCAAACUUCAAAUUUCAAACUCGACAAGUGAUUCCCCAAACCCUCGCUCACGCUCGCGCUGCUCGUGUCGUGCACAAGCCGCCGGGCGCCGGGAGAUCAUCCCGCGGUGCCGGAAGCUGCACACAUGGCUCGGUCGCCUGCGGAGGAGGAGGAGGAGCGAGAGGAAGCCGGCGCGGGCUGCCGCGGCAGACCCCGCCACGCCGUGGGGGAGGAGGUCGAGGUCCUCCUCAACGAAGAAGGCUUCCGCGGCGCCCGCUUCAAGGCCACCGUCGCCGCGCGCCUCCCGGGAUCCGGCGGCUACGAGGUCGUCUUCUCCACCCUCGACGCCCACCGCCGCGGGCCCCUGCUCCGGGAGGUCGUGGCCGCCGCCGACGUGCGGCCCAGGCCGCCGCCGCCGCCGCCGCCCGGGCGCGAGGUCAAGCUGUUCGACCUCGUCGAGGCGUACGACAAAGGCGGGUGGUGGCCCGGCGUCGUCUCCGCCGUCCUUCCGAAAUGGAGGCGGGAGGCGCGGUACGCCGUGUCGCUGCCGCUGUUUCGCGAGGUGCUCAAGCGCCGGGCGUCGCUAGUCCGUCCGCGGCGGGAGUUUGUGUGCGGAAGCUGGGUGGACGCGCAAGAUGUGCUGCGAGGGAUACCACUGUAUGCAGAGGGAAGCAGUGUAGAAGUUAUGUGCGAUGAAGAAAAGAAGGGCAGAGCUUGGAUGCCAGCUACUAUCAUCAAGAUGGUUGGCGGUAUCAACUAUGCUGUUAGCUAUGGGAAUAGGGAAGACUCCAUUGAAGUUCUACAUUCAUGCUUCAUUCGGCCACAGCCCGUGUUUGACAAAACAAAGUUUGAGUAUGAAUUGGUGGCCUCAGAAGAGGUGGAAGUAUAUCAGGAUGGUAUCUGGUCAGUAGGUGUCAUUGAAGAUAUCUGCAGCUGUGAACCUAGAAGAUACAAAGUAAGGGUAAAACAUCAUGGCAACAAAGAUGAAGAUGACUACUUUCUUGUGUCAAGUACAUCCUUGAGACCCUACUCCAAAUGGGACGGUCAGGAAUGGAGGCUUUGCUCAUCCAAGAAACAUGCUAGGAAAAGAAAUGACUCAGUUGCUGACUAUUCAGAGUUCUCGGAGUCUGGCGGGGAUAGUGAUCUGUAUAGUUCUGACUAUUCACCAGAGUUCUCCACGUGUGCUGAAUUUAGUGAUCAGUGUAGUUCUGACUAUUCACCCGAGUUCUUCACAUCUGACCGGGAUAUUGAUCAGUAUAGUUAUGUCCCUAACAAAAGGGUGCGGAAAGAAAAUGUGGUCAAGGGAGAACUGCCCUUGACACACCCUUUAAAUCUCAGGCAACAUACAUCCAAAUCAUCAUCAAAGGAUACUAUGCAUAUGGAAACACUUCCUGAAAAGGACGCUUCUGGGGUGAAGCAACUAGGGAGUGAAAGCAUUGGUUUAGGGUUUAGGGUUGCAAAGGGGAAGGAUAAGAAAGUGGCAACAAGUGUACUGAAGAAGUUAAUGUAUACACAAUGCGGUGAAAAAGGAAGUCGCUUCUUGCCAAAGGCACAUACUAGUAAAAGAAAGGAACUUCAUUCUGUCGCUCCAUUUGAUGAUAUUGUUAAGACUGGCAGCAAGUCCAAUUGUAUUGAUGUUAUCUUGAUCAGCGAUGACUCUGGCUAUGGAAAUUCUGUUGAAAUCAGCGACACUUCAAGUUCAAAUCCAAACAGAAAGAAAAAGCGAAUAAAUCUCCCAUAUAAAGAACUCCAUUCCCAUCAUCCGGAAUCAUCACAGGAUCCUUCCCACAAAGAUGGUAGGCAACUAAUUCCCCUGUCAGGUUGCCUGCUCCAAGGGCUUCUCAGAAUAAACGAAACAAAAGAACCAGAAUUCUCAGACAAUCUUCAUUUAGAAACUGCGAUGAUGUCAAUUGGUGAUGCUACUUCUGGUGAUAAACUCCAUGAAACGUGCCAAAGAGUUGCAGAGGUGAAGAACUGGAUGGCUGGGGCUUCCAAAGGAGCAGAUAUUAGUUUGAUUAACUCUACAAUUUCCAAUCAGAAGACUGUUAAUCAAUCAUGUGGUGGAGCCUUCCCAAUUGGGAAACUAGAACCAUGUUCAUCUGUACAACAGGAAGUCAAUGCUGAUCUCUUGUGCAUUGAAGCCCCUAACGACAACAAAAUGGAGAUAAAAACUGAACAGUCAGUCAAGCCUUCCAAGGAAGUCAAUCUCUUGUGCAUUGAAGCCCCUAAUGAUAAUAAACUGGAGAUAAACAAUAAAAGAACAGGCAUUUAUCCAAAGGAGGAUGCAGCCUUACCAAUAGGGGUACUAGAGUCAUCUUUGACUGGACAGCAGGAUGUUAAGGCUGAUAACUUGUGCAUUCAAGCCCCUAAAGAUAACAAAAUGGAGAUAAAAAACGAAAGAACAGUCAUGUCUCUUGAGGCAGCAGAAGGCUUUCACCUGGAAACCUGUAUGAACUCAGCCGAGACGAUUGCUGAUGAAUCACACCCUCAACGUAAUGCGUCAUCACAGAAUUUUUUCGGUCAACAUCAAGAGUCUAUUUCUGAGAAAUCAACCGGACCAUCUUCAUUUGUGCAUCCUUGUAUGAUGAUGGAUCUAUCAAAAUUCAUGCCACUGCCAGCGCCUAGCAGCAGCAAUCUUGGUACUGUAUUCUCUACAAGUUCCUUGCUGCUGAUGCCUGUUCAUAAAUUGGAGAUUUUCGAGAGGCUGCCACAAAUACCACAUUUCCGUGAGGUGCAGAAUUGUCCUCCAGAAUUUCGCGAAGGAAAAGCUCUUGGACUUAUGGUCUCGUUCGCAAACAUGGCUGAAAGCAUAAAGAACAUGCGAAUUCAGGACGAAGCGCGACUUUAUCAAGAAAAGAUGAACAGCCUCUUAGUUCUGGAAGAGGAUGGGUUUCAAGUUGGCCCCCUGAAGGUCCGUCUCCAUAAUCUGCUUUGUUUGAGGAAUCGGCAGAUUAAUCUCAAGAACAGGAAAGCAAGUUUGGAGAAAGAGAUACUCGAGAUAGAAGCAGUCAAUUGUGGAUUAGAGCAACAAGUCAAAUUCCUUGACAUGUGCAUCAUGGGGAUGGAGGAGCAGAAAUACCAGGAGAUGAAAGGUUAUGUUGCCAUGUGGAAAGCAGCAAACUGCUCAUCCAUUUCAAAGCUCCAAGCCGACCUGCGCCAAGUUGAGGACUCACUUGCGUCUGUUGAAGCUGAUUUCUGCAGCAUUGCUGCUGCACCGUGGCAAUCAGAUGUUGGGUGUUCAAUACUGUAACCUUGUUCAGCUAUGAAGGGAGGUAAACCAUGCUCCCCACACUUUAACUAUGUAUAUACAUGCUUUCUGCAUGAAUCUGAGGAACAUAUUCUGUCUGUCAGUCUGCCCCACCUAAAAUGACCCAGGGUCAGCUAGUUAUCUGGUUGUUGAAAGCAACGUUCCUGUGUACUAUUAUUUUCAGCAAUCAGAAAGCCUUUUAUCAA